AUGAACUGCACGAUCACCAGUCCGUGGACCCCAGCCGAGGACCAAACCCUCCGCGACGGAGUGUUCCUUCACGGUGGCAAACAGUGGCGUGGCAUUGCUCAAUUGUUUCAUCAUCGCAAGAGCGUCCGUGACUGCCAGCGCAGGUGGUAUGCGCUCACCCAGGAGGCCACCGUCAAGUUACCGUGGACAGAGGCCGAAGACGAAGCGGUGCUGGCACUGGUGCACAAGCUGGGCCCCCACAAGUGGGGCGUGAUAGCGUCGUACCUUCCUGGGCGAAGUGGCAAGCAAUGCCGCGAGCGAUGGUGUAACCAACUCGAUCCAUCGAUUGACAAGUCCCCGUGGACACUGCAAGAAGAUCACAUCUUGGCGACCCUCCAGGCUAAGCAUGGGAAUCGCUGGUCGCUCAUUGCCGAACAUUUGCCAGGUCGCACAGACAACGCCGUCAAGAAUCACUGGCAUGCCAGCGUCAAGAAGUGGAAAGAUCGCAAGGGCAGCAGCCUCGUUACUACUAUUACAGCUCAACCCAUUCUUGCCCCGUCGAUUUCACAUCCUCCAGACUGCAGCGACAAUCGGACGACGUCGUCGGCGUCCCCCACGGCCGUAGACGACCCCACGUUUCUGCAUAAACUGACCCUCCUUCCCAACCAGCCCGACUCGAUCUCGCUCGACGUGCUGUGGACCACAAACGUCGAUGACGAGGGCAAGGCCAGCGUAGAUAAUUUCCCCGAAAUGGGCACGCCGGAGAUUGCAAUAGCCGACGACGAGUGGUUCCAAGACCUGGACUGGCACUGCUUUGACGACGAAACGUUCCUCGACACGGAGUUGUACCUUGUAUAACAAGUAGUAUUUAGAUAGCUUACAGACUUAAUCAUAUUAUUUACGCGAUUCAAUCAACAACUCGUCGUCCGGGAUGUAUAAAUCCAGGUCGUCGUCGGUGACGUGAAGUCGCUCGAGUAGCACCCGCAACUCGUCCAAACCCAUCGCUUUGUUGGACUCGCGGUGCUGUCCGUCGUGGCUUUGCUUGAUGUGCAGACACUGCUGGCACAAUUGCGGGUCGAUUUCAUCUCGUUGGAACCCGGGGCACACGCCGGCAAUCGGGCACUGAUUACACAGGGGAUGGUGCGAAUUCAAGUACUCGAUGCACCGCGACCGCUGCAGCCGCUCGAUGAGGGCUUCCCGAAGCUCCUCCUUGCGCUCUUCAGCCUCGUAUUGCUUGGCGAUAGCCGCGACCCGUGCGGCCUCUUCGACCCGCGCCGCUUCCACUUGGUCUUCGCUCGGUCCAAUGUACGGUUUCGUGGCUACCACCGUGUACUCGCGCCCUACCGCAACUAUGCAAACAUCACAAUUUUAAAGUCAAGUAGUGAGUGAUUGCAA